AUGUCGCCUCCUAACGGCGGGGGUGAGGUCUCGUACCCCUCCAAGAUCCCAUUCUGGCGCUUGAUAUUCGACCAAAAGGUCAUCACUCAAGAAGUCGCCCAGUACCCAUAUCCAGGUUCAGGCACCGAAGAUGACCCCUUCGCUGUAACAUGGCUGCCGAAUGACCCACGAAAUCCGAUGAACUUCAAGACUGUCAAGAAAUGGUUCAUCACGAUCUUGGUAUCAUUCGUCACACUGGCUGUCGCCCUGGUUUCGUCGGCAUUUUCAGGUGGAAUGAGCCAGAUUGUUGCGGAUUUCGGCGUGGAAGAGGAGGUUGUUAUUCUUGGAGUUUCGCUCUUCGUCCUAGGCUUCGCUAUUGGCCCCUUAAUAUGGGCACCUCUGAGUGAAAUAUUUGGUCGUCGUCAUAUAUUCACCAUCAGUUUUGCAUUUUUGACGACUUUCAAUGCUGGAGCUGCCGGCGCAAAGAACAUCCAGACUCUCAUCAUUCUGAGGUUUCUCGCUGGUUGCUUCGGAUCUUCACCAUUUGGAAAUGCAGGCGGUACAAUUGCCGAUAUGUUCCCUGCUUCACAGCGAGGUAUUGCAAUUAGUUUCUUCGCUGCUGCACCAUUCCUUGGACCGACCAUUGGUCCAAUCAUUGGUGGUUUCCUCGCAACAGGUGCUGGCUGGCGCUGGGUAGAAGGGUUCUUGGCAGCAUUUUCCGGUGUGCUUUGGCUGUGCAUUAUUUUUCUUCUACCUGAAACAUACGCGCCAGUUUUACUUCGUCGCCGAGCUGCAAAACUUUCCGAAUUGACGGGUCAUGUCUACAGGAGCAAACUUGAUAUUGAGCGUGGUCCUAUGCCAAUGAGCAAGACCCUCAAGACAGCUCUCUCGAGGCCAUGGCUCUUGUUAUUCCGUGAACCGAUCGUUCUCCUGUUUUCUAUCUAUAUGUCCAUUAUCUAUGGUACACUUUAUAUGUUGUUUGCAGCAUAUCCAAUCGUCUUCCAAGAAGUUCGAGGCUGGAGUGAAGGAAUCGGUGGCCUCGCUUUCCUGGGCAUCUUGGUCGGCAUGCUCCUUGCGGUCGCGUAUACAUUUCCCGAGAACAUGCGUUACGCCAAAAUGUGCAGCGAGACCACUGAUCGUCUAGCCCCGGAGAUUCGACUUCCUCCAAGCAUGGUGGGUGGAAUUGCCCUGCCAAUUGGACUCUUCUGGUUUGCUUGGACAAACUCUCCGUCAAUCCAUUGGAUGGCUUCCGUUGCCGCAGGUGCACCUUUUGGAUUCGGCAUGGUCCUUAUCUUUUUGAGUGUGUUUAAUUAUCUCAUCGAUUCCUACACCAUCUAUGCUGCCAGUGUUCUAGCAGCCAAUUCGGCCCUUCGAUCAUUGUUCGGAAUGGCCUUUCCUCUCUUCACAACAUACAUGUAUAAAAACCUCGGCAUUCAUUGGGCUUCAUCCAUUCCGGCAUUCUUGUCUGUUCUCUGUGUGCCUCUUCCAUUCAUCUUCUACAAGUAUGGUGCACAGAUAAGGCAAAAGUGCACUUAUGCUGCCGAGGCCGACGCAUUUAUGCGUCGUCUCGCUGAAAAGAACCAGACAGAGGUGCGCAAGGAGACAGAGGGAACCAACGCAGAGAAGGGCGUCGACCAGGCCGCUCAAUCUGGCCAGAUUAUAGAUGAGACAAGCGAUACUGAGAGUCUGUCAACUGUCCCAUCCCGUGUUUCUUUUGGAAGAUAUGCUUCUAGGGCAUCUCGCCAGUCAGGACGGUCGAUUCAACGUGUUGCAACUGCGACACAAUAUGAAGAGAAUCCGUACGACCUUGAUAUUGUCAACACCAGGCAGUCGGCUAUCAGCACCACUCGGAAGGAGUGA